CUGCACGUCCAGGUGUCACUCCUGCUUGUCGUCAUUCAAAAGCGGUGCUCUGCGACCAGUAGAAACGCCUCAAAACAAUCCUCUCUUUCCCUGCAAGCUCGCAUUUUUCUCUGCUUCUUUUUUCUCGCGUAUUUUUGACGUACAACACCUAUCUUAAUUCAAAUCUAGCAUCUUUCCAAACUAAAAAAAACAUGUCUUACGGCUAUCGCGGUGGUCCUCCUCCCCAGCAGCAGCAGCAGCAGCAGGGCAACUACGGCCGUCCUCCUCCUCCCCAGCAGGGCGGCGGCUACGGCGGCGGCUACGGUGGUGGCCAGCAGGGCGGCUACGGCGGCCAGCAGGGCGGAUACGGUAAUGACGGCAGUGGUCAGCUGGACGCGAACGAGCUUCAGCAGGCUCUCGUUAAUGGUGACUGGAGCCGGUUCAGCCUGGACACUGUGCGUCUGAUGAUCGCCAUGUUUGACCGCGACCACAGCGGCACCAUCAGCUUCGACGAGUUUGUCGGUCUCUGGCGCUACAUCGAGGAGUGGAAGCAGUGCUUCCGCACCUUUGACCGGGACAACUCGGGCACCAUUGACCGCGGAGAGCUGCUGCAGGCUCUGAAUGCCUUUGGUUUCCGCGUCUCGCCGCAGAUUGUCGACAUGCUUAUCCGCAAAUACGACAUUCAAGGUAAGUUGAGCCAUGCAGCUGUCGAACAUACUAAUAACCGACGUGGUGCCAUCACAUUCGACAACUUCAUCAACUCGUGUGUGACCAUCCGCUCCCUGACCGACUCCUUCCGUCGUUACGACACCGACAACGACGGAUGGGUCAACAUGAACUACGAAACGUACUUUGAAAACAUUGUGCGCUUCAUGUAA